AUGGGAAACGGUAAGGGGGUGACAAAGUUCAUCCUCGCGGGGUUCACUGAUGACCCCCAGCUGCAGGCUCCACUCUUCUUCGUCCUCCUCCUGACUUAUGCAUUAAGCGUCACCGGGAAUCUGACCAUCAUCACCCUCACUUUGCUGGACUCCUGUCUCCUCACCCCGAUGUACUUCGUCCUGCGCAGUUUCUCCUCGCUGGAGAUCACCUUUAUAUCAGCCUGCAAUCCCAGAUUCCUGACAACCGUCAUGGGCAGGGGCUUCUGCGAUCUGCUGGUCCUCUGCUCCUGGCUGGAUGGGUUCCUGGUCGUCUUUCCACCAGUUAUCGUACUCCUCCAUCAUGAUUUCUGCUCCUCCAAUAUCAUCAACCACUUCAUUUGUGAUUCUUCUCCCAUACUACAGCUCUACCGCUCGUACACCAGGUUCCUGGGGCUAAUGGCGUUCUUCCUGGCCUUGGGGACGUUCCUGGUCACCCUGGUUCUGGUGACUGCGUCCUACACAGCCAUCAUCCACGCUAUCCCGAGACUGCCCUCCGCUCAGCAGAGGAGAAAGGCCUUUUCCACCUGCUCCUUCCACAUGAUCGUGGUCUCCAUCACAUUUGGCAAUUACAUCUUCAUGUACAUAAAACCGUCACCAAGGACAGGGUGGAAAUGA